AUGUUCCCUGCACAGGAAGUUCUGCCCCGCAGCGGGCUGAACCUGAAGGAGGAGCCGCUGCUGCCCUCGAGCCUGGGCUCGGUGCGCUCCUGGAUGCAAAGCACCGGCAUUCUGGACUCCAGCACCGCCGCGCAGAGUGGCGUGGGCCUGGCACGAGCACAUUUUGAAAAGCAGCCCCCUUCCAACCUCAGGAAGUCCAACUUCUUCCACUUCGUGCUGGCCAUGUACGACCGACAGGGACAGCCCGUGGAGGUGGAGCGCACAGCCUUCAUCGACUUUGUGGAAAAGGAUCGCGAGCCAGGGACCGAAAAGACCAACAAUGGGAUUCAUUACCGCCUUCGGUUGGUGUAUAACAAUGGACUUCGGACAGAGCAAGACCUCUAUGUGCGUCUCAUUGACUCCAUGUCAAAGCAGGCUAUCAUCUAUGAGGGGCAGGACAAGAACCCUGAAAUGUGCCGAGUACUGCUCACUCAUGAGAUCAUGUGCAGCCGGUGCUGUGACCGCAAGAGCUGUGGUAAUCGGAAUGAGACGCCUUCAGACCCAGUCAUUAUUGACAGGUUCUUCCUCAAGUUCUUCCUCAAAUGCAACCAGAACUGCCUGAAGAAUGCAGGGAAUCCCCGAGACAUGCGCCGCUUCCAGGUAGUGGUAUCCACGACAGUGAGUGUCGAUGGACAUGUGCUGGCCGUGUCCGACAACAUGUUUGUGCACAACAACUCCAAGCAUGGCCGGAGGGCCCGCCGCCUGGACCCUUCUGAAGCUGCCACCCCCUGCAUCAAGGCCAUCAGCCCUGGGGAGGGCUGGACCACGGGAGGCGCCACCGUCAUUAUCAUCGGCGACAACUUCUUCGACGGGUUGCAGGUCCUGUUUGGCAACGUGCUUGUGUGGAGUGAGCUCAUCACCCCUCAUGCCAUCCGGGUGCAGACACCACCGCGACACAUCCCUGGGGUGGUGGAAGUGACCCUCUCCUACAAAUCCAAGCAGUUUUGCAAAGGAGCCCCUGGCCGCUUUGUCUACACAGCCCUGAAUGAGCCUACCAUUGACUACGGAUUCCAGCGGCUACAAAAAGUCAUUCCAAGACACCCAGGAGACCCUGAGAGGCUGCCCAAGGAAGUGCUGCUGAAGCGGGCGGCCGACUUGGCUGAGGCCCUGUAUGGAGUGCCCAGCAGUAACCAGGAGCUCCUCCUGAAGCGAGCGGCGGACGUGGCCGAAGCCCUGUACAGCGCCCCACGUGCGCCCGCGCCACUCGGACCCAUGGCUCCCAGCCACCCGCACCCGGCUGUCGUGGGCAUCAACGCCUUCAGCAGCCCGCUCGCUAUCACGGUCGGGGACGCCACACCGGAGCCGGGGUAUGCGCGCAGCUGCGGCAGCGCGUCCCCACGCGGCUUCGCGCCCAGCCCCGGGUCUCAGCAGAGCAGCUAUGGCAGUGGCCUCGGAGCUGGCCUGGGCAGCUACAGCGCACAGGGGGUGGCCGGCCUUGGCGUGCCGGGCUCCCCCAGCUUCCUCAAUGGCUCCACCGCCACCUCGCCUUUCGCUAACCAGGACACUGCUGAAUUUGAGAAAUAACAACUGCCCAGGAGGAGCUUGUUGUGGCUUUGCCUGCAGUUCCCUAAGCUCUGGCUUUUCCCUGUUUGCUGUUGAUGAAAACAACUGUCUACCCACCUGCCUGGAUUUCCUUAUCAAAGAUACUGUUCUUUCUGGCUAUGGAUCUGGCCUGGCACAACUUAUUGAGCCCCCACAAACCAGAAGCCACCCAGGUCAUAACCCUCUUGUGGCCCCUCCCAAGCCUAUCUCUCCUGAUCCUUUGCUUAGACCAGGUUCUUCUGUUCUGCAUUCCUUCCAUUCUAGGACAACAGCCUCUUUCUGAGUUUCCCUUGGACUUAAAUCUUUCUCCCCAAAGCCCUCACCCCUUUCCAGAUAUACACACUGCUAUCAGUAGGAACAUUUGCCCCAGUGUACAGUGCCCAGGGCCACCUCACUUAGCAAGGUAAAAAAAUUCCAGAGCUGCUUAUGGUUUGCACCCAGCAUCAACAGAGAUUCUGAAUUCUACCCAGCGCUAUUACUGUCUCAGAAUAUUGUCUUGGGCAAUGCUUACCCAGGUCCACAUCCAUUCUUCUGAGUGUAGACUGCUUUGUGACACAAUUGCAAAGGGUGUCAUGCUUAUUAGUUUGCCAAGACAUCCCUAAAAUGUCAUCAGAAUUAUCCUAGCCAGAGGAUCUGAAGAUGACCAUUUGGGUCUCUACUUGGUCUUAUCAGCAAUUCUAGAAUGACCCACAACUCUCAGUACUAUCCAAGAUACAUAAUGUGGCUAUAAGCUCUCUGGGCCUUGGGAAAUACAGUAUAUUUUCUAGUAUUCUUGUUAAGUACUUCAUAAUUUCCCAAGCCUUACCAGCUAGGUUUCAAGGAGGUGGUGACCACUGGGGGAGGACAUUUGAAAUAGGGCAGCUGUUGAAGCCAGCCUUGUAUCAAAAGCUAGUGGGGUGGGUGCUCUGAUGUCAGAGCAGGCUUCUGUCCAUUAUCUGCUUCUUGGACAAUGCUAAAACUCCUCCCUUACUGAUCUAUAGAAGAGAGAAGCAGGGAAUUGGGUUCAAAUAAGACAAAAGUAAGAUGCAGAGGUGCCCUGAACUGGAACCCCCAGCAGAUAACACUAUUGAAAGAAGGAAUGCAUAAAACUUUUGUAUAGGAAGCUCCCUCACUGUUUUCAUGAAGGUAGGUCACAGCCUUAAAUGGUUAUAAAAUUGAAGAGCAGAAGGCUUUGAAGAUGUCGAACUCUCUUUUUUCUUUAAGAUUGACUCACUGGGAGAAAGAGAUAGAGGGCACGUCCAGGGUCCAGACUGACGCUAACAGGACCCUGCAUUAAGGUAGAAAGAAACAGUACCAAGAGAAGGAGAGUGGAGGCACAAAGCAUAGAGCACAUUGUAAAAGAAUGCACGCUUAUAACGGAAGUUAGGGUGCUUGUGCGAACUGUGAUUCUUGGCAGAGAAGCCUUACAACAGGACACUGUAUGUACACCCAAACUUCAUUCCUGUUGACUUACCCCAACUCCACUGUGACCCCUGAACUUUGUUGAGCCUUGGCAAUCCAGACCCAUAAACAUUUCAAAAUCCCAGUGAUUUUUAGCAGGAAUCCCAACUUCACACUCAUCUCUCAUUUGGGAGGGGCACAUCCACUGUUUGGUUCUUUCGUUUUCACUGGGUCUGAUUCUGUUAUCCCCAGCCCUGAGAAAUAGUGUCCAGAGCUCCAAAAAAGGCAAGGGCUGGCCCAGAACCCCAGAAGCUCCCAGUUCACCUCUAGAUGUUGCCUUGCACUGGUCUUCCCAGGACUCUCACAGCCCCUUGGGAGGUCUGAGCCUGCAGCCUGGUCAGCAGCACACACGGGCACCUAUGUGGCACCCCAACCCUGCUGCUCACUCUGGUGCUGUC